AAAAUAAAUAAAUAAAACCUAACUACCUCUUCUUCCUCCUCCUCCUCACUCUACACUUUCCUCUUAUGCAUCACUGCUUUCUCCCGAGAUCUAUCCAUACUUCCAUUCUCAAUCUGCAAAUGUGAUUCGUGUGAUCUCCCUUGGUCCAAUCCAGUCUUCUUCUCAUUUGCUUUGAUUCCAUCGUCUUCUUCAAGUUUCUCUGAUUCUAUGAAACUACUGCUUGCAUUCGAGUGGUUGAUGCAAAGCUGGAUGUAAAUAAAAAUAGAUAUCAUCGCCUUCACGGGUUGAAUUGAGCAUAGCUCAGUCCUCACUGUGUCUUUGCUAAAAUGAUGGUGAUGGAAUUUGGGUUUAUGUUCUUUGUGCUUCUGGGUCUUCUUAUCACUGUGAAGGCGGAGAUUUACAUUGUGACUAUUCAAGGAGAACCCAUUGUAAGUUAUAGAGGUGGUGAAAAUGGCUUCGAAGCCACAGCUGUGGAAUCAGAUGAGAAGAUUGACACAAGCAGUGAAUUGGUGUUAUCUUAUGCUCAUCACCUCGAAAGGAAACAUGACAUGCUUCUUGGCAUGCUGUUUGAAAGUGGGACUUACAAGAAAGUCUACAGUUAUAAACACCUAAUAAAUGGUUUUGCAGUUCACAUUUCUCCUGAGCAGGCAGAGACCCUGAGACGUGCCCCUGGUGUGAAAUCUGUGGAGAGAGAUUGGAAAGUGAGGAGACUUACAAUUCAUACCCCACAGUUUUUGGGGCUUCCAACUGGGGUAUGGCCAACAGGAGGUGGCUGUGACAAGGCAGGAGAAAACAUUGUGAUAGGAUUCGUGGACUCAGGAAUUUAUCCACAUCAUCCGAGUUUUUCAAUCCAUAAUACUGAACCAUAUGGGCCUGUGCCCAAGUACAGAGGAAAAUGUGAGGUUGAUCCUGAUACCAAGAGGGACUUCUGUAAUGGAAAGAUUAUUGGGGCCCAACAUUUUGCUGAAGCUGCAAAAGCAGCCGGUGCAUUCAAUCCUGCUAUUGAUUUUGCAUCUCCAAUGGAUGGUGAUGGACAUGGAAGUCACACAGCUGCUAUAGCUGCUGGGAAUAAUGGUAUUCCUGUGAGAAUGCAUGGCCAUGAAUUUGGCAAGGCAAGUGGAAUGGCUCCUCGUGCCAGGAUUGCUGUCUACAAGGCACUUUAUAGGCUUUUUGGAGGGUUUGUUGCAGAUGUUGUAGCUGCAAUUGAUCAGGCUGUUCAUGAUGGUGUGGAUAUACUCAGCCUCUCAGUGGGGCCAAAUAGUCCUCCAGUAACCACAAAGACCACAUUUCUAAAUCCUUUUGAUGCCACGCUCCUAGCAGCUGUCAAAGCUGGUGUAUUUGUUGCACAGGCAGCUGGAAAUGGAGGUCCUUUCCCUAAAACUUUGGUUUCUUACAGCCCAUGGAUAGCAUCUGUUGCGGCUGCAAUUGACGACCGCAGAUACAAAAACCAUCUGACCCUGGGAAAUGGGAAAAUCUUACCUGGACUUGGACUGUCCCCCUCUACUCAUCCAAAUCGAACAUAUACCUUGGUUGCUGCUAACGAUGUGCUUCUGGAUUCAUCAGUAUCGAAGUAUAGCCCCUCAGAUUGCCAAAGACCUGAAGUUUUAAACAAGCAUUUGGUUGAGGGGAACAUUCUUCUUUGUGGCUAUUCUUUCAAUUUUGUUGCUGGUACUGCGUCAAUCAAAAAAGUAUCAGAAACAGCAAAAGCCCUGGGGGCAAUUGGUUUUGUUGUUGCUGUGGAAAAUGUUUCUCCUGAAACAAAAUUUGAUCCUGUUCCAUCCGGUAUUCCAGGGAUCCUUCUCACUGAUGUUUCUAAAUCAAUGGAUCUCAUUGAUUAUUAUAACAUUUCUACACCAAGAGAUUGGACUGGACGAGUGAAGAGCUUCAAAGCUGUAGGCAGCAUUGGGGAUGGUUUGAUGCCUAUUCUCCACAAAUCAGCACCACAGGUAGCAUUAUUCUCUGCUCGGGGGCCGGACAUAAAGGAUUUCAGUUUCCGAGAUGCAGAUGUUCUCAAGCCUGACAUUCUGGCUCCUGGUUCUUUAAUUUGGUCGGCUUGGUCUCCAAAUGGAACAGACGAGCCUAAUUUUGUUGGAGAAGGAUUUGCUAUGAUAUCUGGAACUAGCAUGGCCGCACCACAUAUAGCAGGAAUAGCUGCUCUUGUGAAGCAGAAGCAUCCUCAUUGGAGUCCUGCUGCUAUAAAAUCAGCAUUGAUGACAACAGCGACAAAGCUGGACAGAGCAGGAAAACCUCUUCUAGCACAACAAUAUUCUGAUACAGAGGCCAUGAAGUUUGUGAAAGCAACUCCUUUCGAUUAUGGCAGCGGCCAUGUUAAUCCAAGAGCUGCUCUGGAUCCUGGACUCAUAUUGGAUGCAGGUUAUGAGGAUUACUUGGGGUUCUUGUGCACAACACCUGGUAUUGAUACCCAUGAGAUAAGGAAUUACACAAGCUCACCUUGCAACUUCUCCAUGGGCCAACCAUCAAAUCUCAACACCCCAUCAAUCACAAUCUCACACCUCGUGAGAAGUCAAACAGUUACUCGCACUGUCACAAAUGUAGCUGAAGAAGAAACUUAUGUUAUCACAGCCAGAAUGCAGCCCUCCAUUGCCAUAGAAGCCAGCCCUCCAGCAAUGACUCUUAGACCUGGUGCAUCACGGAAAUUCUCAGUGACUCUUACCGUUCGCUCAGUAACUGGAACUUACAGUUUCGGGGAGAUUCUAAUGAAAGGCAGCAAAGGGCACAGGGUAAGGCUUCCGGUGGUGGCAAUGGGAUACUGGCGGUAGGUUGGAUUGGGGAUGGAUUAUUGUUGUAAUACCAUUCUUUGUAACCUUUGGUAAUAAAAUGUAUCAGGCUAGAUAUGUAUGUGGAAUGGCUGUAUAAAAAAAAAAAAAAAAGUAAGUGCGGUGGAGAUUUCUAGUUUCUUCCAUUGUAGUAUGAGUAUUGCUAAUUCGCCUACUAAUUUGAUAAAAUGCUUCAUAUUUG